AUGGCGAGACGCUCAGGAACCGAGUCACGCUUUGCGUGGUCAACCAUCUUCUACCUCCUCCUGGUGCUUCUUGCGCCCAUGGUGCUCUUCGGCUCCAAUGCCAGCGCUCAGGACAGCGGCGAGAAGGCCAUCUCCGGCCCCGUCAUCGGUAUCGAUCUCGGAACCACCUACUCUUGUGUCGGUAUCAUGAAGGGCGGCAAGGUCGAGAUUCUGGUCAACGACCAGGGUAACUGUAUCACCCCCUCCUACGUCGCCUGGAACGACGAGGAGAGACUUAACCAGUACGCAGCCAACCCCGAGAGAACCGUCUUCGACAUCAAGCGUUUGAUCGGCCGCAAGUUCAACGACAAGGACGUUCAGCGUGACAUGAAGCACUUCCCCUUCAAGGUUGUCAACAAGAACGGCCAACCCAGAGUCCAGAAGACUUUCACCCCUGAGGAGGUCAGUUCUAUGAUCUUGGGCAAGAUGAAGGAAGUCGCCGAGUCGUACCUCGGUGAGAAGGUCACCAACGCUGUUGUUACCGUCCCCGCCUACUUCAACGACGCCCAGCGUGCCGCCACCAAGGACGCUGGUACCAUCGCCGGCCUCAACGUUCUCCGUGUCGUCAACGAGCCCACCGCCGCCGCCCUCGCCUACGGCCUGGACAAGACCGACAAGGAACGCCAGAUCAUCGUCUACGAUCUCGGUGGUGGUACUUUCGAUGUUUCCAUCCUCACUGUCGACGACGGUGUUUUCGAGGUUCAGGCUACUGCCGGUGAUACUCAUCUCGGUGGUGAGGACUUCGAUCAGAGAGUUAUCGACUACUUUGUCAAGACCUACAACAAGAAGAACGAUGUCGACAUCACCAAGAACCUCAAGACCAUGGGUAAGCUGAAGCGUGAGGUCGAAAAGGCCAAGCGCACUCUGUCUUCUCAGAUGAGCACCCGCAUCGAAAUCGAGGCCUUCUUCGACGGCGCCGACUUCUCCGAGACUUUGACCCGUGCCAAGUUCGAGGAGCUGAACAACGACCUCUUCAAGAAGACCCUCAAGCCCGUCGAACAGGUCCUCAAGGACGCCAAGCUUAAGAAGAGCGACAUCGACGACGUUGUCCUUGUUGGUGGUUCCACUCGUAUCCCCAAGGUUCAGGCCAUGCUCGAGGAGUUCUUCGGAAAGAAGGCCAGCAAGGGUAUCAACCCCGAUGAGGCCGUCGCCUACGGUGCCGCCGUCCAGGGUGGUGUUUUGUCUGGUGAGGCCGAGGCUAGCCAGGUUGUCCUUAUGGAUGUCAACCCUCUUACCCUCGGUAUUGAGACCACUGGCGGUGUCAUGACCCACCUGAUCAAGCGUGGCACUACCAUCCCCACCAAGAAGUCCCAGAUCUUCUCGACCGCCGCAGACAACCAGCCCGUUGUCUUGAUCCAAGUCUUCGAGGGUGAGCGUUCCAUGACCAAGGACAACAACCAGCUCGGCAAGUUCGAGCUUACCGGUAUCCCCGCCGCUCCCCGUGGUGUUCCUCAGAUCGAGGUCUCUUUCGAGCUCGACGCCAACGGUAUCCUCAAGGUCAGCGCUGGCGACAAGGGCACUGGUAAGAGCGAGAGCAUUACCAUCACCAACGACAAGGGCCGUUUGAGCGCCGAGGAAAUUGAGCGUAUGGUUGAGGAAGCUGAGAAGUACGCCGAGGAGGACAAGGCAACCCGCCAGCGCAUCGAGUCCCGUAACGGCCUCGAGAACUACGCUUUCUCCCUGAAGAACCAGGUCAAUGACGAGGACGGUCUCGGUGGCAAGAUUGACGACGAUGACAAGGACACUCAGGCUCAGGACUGGCUCGAUGACAACGCCGCCGAUGCCACCGCCGAGGACUUCGAUGAGCAGAAGGAGAAGCUCAGCAACGUCGCUUACCCCAUCACCAGCAAGCUUUACGGCGGCGCUGGCGGUGCCGGAGGUAUGCCUGACUACGAUGACGAACCCAGCCACGACGAGCUGUAA